AUGAAUGUUCAACGUUCGUGCCAUCAUCAUCAUCAUCAACAGCAACAACAUGAACGAGACACAUUUGAAGACAGAUAUCAAUUAUUAAAAAAUGAAUUUAAACAAAAAAAUGAUAUGAUUGAUAAAAUAAAAAAUGAAAUUGGUCAUUCGAAUCAACAAAAUGAAUUAUCACGAUCAACAUCUAUUUCAACUGAACAAUUAGUUAAAUAUAUUAUUUUAAUUUUAAAUGAAUUGUUAAUUAAUAUUUUUUUAUAUUUAAAGUUUGCUCAUAAUCCUACUCAACGUUCAAAUAACAAUUUACUUAUUAAAAAUCGAGAAAUAGCCAAAUUGAAAGCAUUAAUUUUUGAAAAAGAUAAUGAACUUAUUGCACUUAAAUUAGCUAAUAAAAAUGCUCUAACACAGAUGGAAGAACAAAUGGAACGUGAACGAAAAGUAUGGAAUGAACAUAAAGAACUAUUAUUAGUCAGUGAACGAACAAAAUUUGAAGAAGAAAAAUCUCAUUUAUUUAAAGAUUUACAAGAUCAAUUAAAACUUGAACAAGAACGUUGUCAACGUUUAGAACAAAAAUUACAUGAUACACAGAUGGUAUCGAGUGAAGCCCAAUUAAUGUUAAAAGACAGUGGCCGUGAACGGAUCAAUGCUGUUUACGGCACAAAAGAACAAUGUCGCAAAGAAUUUCAAGAUGAAAUUACUCGACUACGUAAUCAAUUUCAAUCAGAGAAAAAUGCUGAAUUGGCUCGUAUACAAGAACGUAUUCAUGAAUUAGAAGAUGCAUUAGAUCAUGUCUCAACUAAAAAUGCUGAUAUAACUUUACGUCAACAUGAAUUAUUUCUAAAUUUGGAAACAUCUGAAAAAACUUGUGUUCGUUCAUUAAAUGAUUGUAUUAAAAAAUUACUCAUAGCAAUGGAUAGUCCAUCACAUGUCUAUACAAAAAUUUCACAUAUGACAUCAUUGACAUAUGAUCGAGAAUCAAUUGUUGAACGAUUACCAACUCGAAAUGCACUUAAAUCACUUCAAGAUACAGUUGAUGAUAUUAAAAAUUAUAUUAUUGAACAAAAAAUACAAAUUGAAGGAAAAACAAAAUUUUUAAAUAAAUCAAAAAUCUUAACAGAUCGUACAAUGGAUUAUUCAAAUCGAACUUAUGAUAAUGAUAAUAAUAAUAGUAAUCGAAAUCGUUAUCAAUUAACUAUAAAAAAUUCUUUUUCAAAAGAUCAAAAAGAAAAUGAUCAUUAUUUUCAUGAUAAUGAUCGUCUAUCACAACCAUCUGAUACUGAUCAUUAUCGUUCACAGAAUAGUUCUUAUAAUCCUUUCCAUUUAUCAUCAGAACAAAAUGAUACAAUUAAUAAUCUUGUACAAAAACUUGAAAAUCAUAUUGCAUCUGAACUUAAUCGUUUGACUAAACAACGUUUAAUAUUAAAUGGUUCAAGUUCUCAUGAUUCAAUAUCAUUUCAUUUAGAACCACCUACAAAGAUCAAAUUCGAAUCUGAUUCUGCAAAUACUAGUAGUGAGACAAGACAAGAUACGUUGAUUCGGCAUUUACAACAUCGUAUUAGUGAUUUACGAGAUGAUAAUACGCGUCUAAGAGAUAAUCAACAAUCACAAUCAUUUCUAACAAAAAAUAAUAAAUCAACAGAUCAUGAAAACGAUAAUCUUCAAUCAUUUUCAUCGAUGCGUUUACAUAAUUGUCCAACAACGUAA